GCCCCCCAGCCGCUGAAGGAGAGCCGUCUCUCUCAGAGGAAGCUCAUGUCAAGGUCCCUCCCCUCCUCGUCUUCCUCCUCCAGGGCCUCCAGGUGGCGUUCCUUGGGGCUGGAUGCGGAGCUGAGAUGGAGGUGGGAAGGUGCCAAGAGCCAGGUCUCCUGCCAAGGCCCGGUGGCCUCUUGGUGCAGGAGGACCUACAAAGAGCCGCCCUCAGAGUGCAGGGACAUGGUGGUCCAGAACGCCCUCUACACGGGGGACCUGGAAGGGGUGCAGAGGCACUUCUCAGAGCGCGCCGAGGUCAACUUGGUCAUCCACGCCAAGAGCCAAGAUCUGCGCUGGACCAGCCAGAAAUGGGGUAAGGGAAGCUGUGGAAGGCGGGGAGCAAGGUGGCUUGGAGCAUGGAGGUCCAUGUGCCCUGGGGGUCCCUUUUCCAUGAUUCUAUUAGGCCGCUCAGUUGAGAAGUGUAGGCCGAAGGAGCUAAUGAUCCUUGUAGAGUUGGAAAGAGACCACAGGGCUCAUUUAGUCCAACCCCAUCUUUUGCCCAACAGGCGACUCGAACCCAGGACCAAGGUUAAGAGUCUUGUGUUCUCCAGCCUGAGACACCCCAAGAGCAAGAAUGAUGGGGCUGUAGGGAGAAGGGGCAAGUCCCCCAGAGGAAAUGUCCUGCACACAUGAAGUGGCCCAGGAAACAUGAUAGACGGCUGGUUUGCAAUCCAGGGGCAAAGGGAGGGGUGGGCACUGCAGCCUCCCGCCCUCCCCCCAGGAGAGGAAGGUAAUGAGACCCUUUAUAAAAUACUUUGUUUAUCCUUGACACUUUUGAAACUCCCACACACAUAGAGUUUAUAUAUUAUUAUAUUAUUAAUAAUAAUAAUUUAUUAUUUAUACCCCACCCAUCUGGCAGUUUAUUCAGUAUGAUGGUGCAAUGUAGGGAAUAGGUUUUUUUCCUUUAAAAUACGUUGUUUGUCAGUUAAAAAUGAUUCUUCACAAACAAACCUUUAUUUUGGAAACAUAACAAGAACUGCCAACUCUCUUUUAUACUGUCACUUUAAAAACAAACAAGCCAAAAAAAACCACAACCCCUUGUCUCUCCCUUCCCACUUUCAAAUUGGCUAAACCAAACAGGGAUUAUGAAAGUUAUGCUUGCAGAAAGGUUAAAGGUAGAAGGGGGAAGGGGCAGAAUGGGUGGGUGGGAGGGAGCCUGGGAGCAAAAGGGCAUUCAAGCUACAGCUUUGCAGCUACAGAUUGUGGUGAUCCCUCAUUUUAGGCGACUUUAUAGAUCCUAGAGGCGCAGAGUUGGAAGGGACCCUGAGGGUCAUCUAGUCCGACCCCCUGCAAUGCAGGAAUCUCAACUAAAGCAUUCUUUAAAAGGCGGUUAGACAAGUUGGCAGAGGCGAAUCACCCUUUCGGCGCGCUCCAGGACCAGAGGCAGGAGGCCUCUGAAGGAGAGCAGUUGCUGCCCCCCCCAGGGCGUGUCCCGCUUAUGGCCUCAGUCGUGGGGAGCUGCUGCCUGGCAGAAGGGCGGAAGGUUUGCUUCCAAGUUAACGCGCGGAGAGCGCCCCCACCUCCGGCCUUUUCCUCCCGCGGCCGGGCUCGCGCGCCUCACAUGCUGCUGACCCUCCCCGCCAUCUGCUCCUGCGGCCCUUCCCGCUUUGCAGACGGGUUUCUCGUGCCUUCCUUGUCAAAACAACCCUGCCAGGUAGGCCACCACCACCGGCCCAGGUUGAUCGUGCCAGGGCCCACAGGGCUGGUCUGGCGGGACCGAGCGGGGGCGUUGCGCAGCGCGUCUGGCUAAGCACGUGGAGAUCACCUGCCUUCUCCCCUCGCCCCGCUCCCAGUUUCUGGCGCGGCGCUUCCCCUUUGCACCGGCGCUGCUGCCGAGUCACAAGGGAGCCCCAGAAUAGCUCGGGCUGCGACUUGACACCCGGGCACGCAGCCCUCCGUCCCGGGCAGCCCAGCUGCAGCCUCUGUCCCGCCGGAGAAGCCCCGAGGGUCGCGUCCGCCGGGACCAUGGAGCCCAUCUCCACGCGCAAGGCCGAGGGCCCGGCGCAGGCCUUCUGGCAGGCGCUCUUGACGGGCGACGGGUGCGCCAUCCUCUGCCUCCUGGGCGACCCCGAGAGCGGAGUGGGCCCCAACUCCGUCUUCGACACCAGCGACCAGGACGAGUGGAAGAACUACCGAUUCAAUUCCCGCUGGUUGAGUGCGCCCAGAGAUCAACGGGGGUGGGGGAGAGGCGGGGGUAGGAAAAGCCCCCAAGGAAAACCUGCCGCAGAGCUUGGGGAUCGCUCCUGCGCCCUUCUCGCGCUUGCAGGCUUCCAUUGGAGCCUGCUUUCCGCGCGCCACCGUGCCCCUGAGCACGUGCAAAGCGCCCUUGUGUCCGCCGCACGGCCCUUCCUGACCCCGCGUCUCUCCUCGCUUCCACAGGGCUCUGGGCGCUGACCUACGAGCAGGAGCUGACCACCCCGCUGCACAUCACGGCCAGCCGCGGCUACCUGGAGUGCCUGCGCCACUUGCUGCUUCGCGGGGCGGACGUGGACCUGGCGCCGGGCGGCCGGACUGCGCUGCACGAGGCGUGCGCGGCGGCCACAACGGACUGCGUGCGGCUCCUGCUCUCCUUCGGCGCUGACCCCCUGGCCGUCUCGGAAGGAGGGCUCCAGCCGCUUCACCUGUGCCGGAGCCCCGCCUCCCUCGAGUGAGUGGCACAGCCCCGACGGGGCGUCUCCUGGGGCGCGAGGCCUGGAAGAGGCGCCCCUCGCUUGGCCCUGGGCUUCGGGCAGGGGAGAAGGGCCGCGUGGGGUGGGGAACACAGCCGUCCUCUCCUGGCUUCCCAGGGGAAGGUCAGUCCUGGGGUCCUGGAAGCAAAACAAUCGGCAGAGGGCGCCCCCUGGACCCAAACGGGGAAAUGCCCGUAGCCGCCGCCCAACCCCAGGUUUUCUCCCUGAGCUGCAGAGCGCUCGAGACUACCAAGUUAUAUUGAAACAGGAGAAUCCCACAAGCGCCUCUCCCUGGCUGAAAAAAAAGUCCACAGUAAUAAUGAUUAAUUAACAAUUCGCUGCCCUUUCAAGAAAACGGGCGACCAGAAUGAUGGAGGGAACGAGCGACUCCCCUCUGGGGGAAAGUGGCCGCAUUUGGGGCGUUUUACUUUAGAGAAAGUGCAAGUAAGAGGCGACAAGAUAGCGGUUUAUAAAAUUACUCAUAGCAUGGGGGAAGUGCGUAAAGUUCUUGUCCCUGUCUCGUAACACUGGAACUCAGUGGCAUCCAGCGAAGCCAAAUGCUGGACGGUUCAGGAGAGCCUAAAGAAAGUCAUUCGUCCGGCGGCAGCGCGUAGUUAACCUACGGAACUCCCUCCCCCAGGAGGCAGGGAUGGCCACCAACUUGGAUGGCUUCAAAAAAAGAGUAGACAAAUUCUUGGAGGAGAAGCUGGAAGCCAGGAGAGAGAGAGAGAGAGAGAGAGAGAGAGAGAGAGAGAGAGAGAGAGAAACAGACCACAGAUUACCUGUUGGAGGCGCACACUUUACCCAGGAUAAAAUCAAACAUACUAAUGGGGAGGCGGAGAAAACUCCAUUUAUUGCAGGAAAUACACACUUGAUACUAGGACUAAAGAGGAUUCAGAGCGGGGCUUAUCUCUGCGGUGGAGAGACAUCCGAACUGAGAGGUCUCCUCCCGGCAGAAAGUAUCAGCCCUAGCUGGAAAGAAGGUCCCACGCAAUAACGCGAGAGCCGCCCGGUUCUGGAUCAGGCCAGUGGCCCAUCUCGCUGUGCCCAAGCAGAUGCCUCUGUUGGGAAGCACCCGAGCAGGAUCCGAACACGAGAGCCGCUCUCCAUCCCGCCGGGUUGUUUCCUUCCAGCAACUUGCAUUCAGAAUGCUGGAAGCAGAGGGGAGCCAUUCUGGCUAAGAGAGACCAGCUCAAGUCAGGCCAGGAAGGAAACGCGAGGAAGGGGCCUUUUGCCAGCUCCUCUUUCUCACGCCUUCAGGCCAAGCUAGGCAGCACGCAAACUUUUAGGCCUCUUCCUUUAUGUGAGCCGCCCUGAACUUUCCUAAGAGCAAAACAAGCCCCUAGUCUAGGGCAAGUUUGAAAAUCCACAACCCCUCUGGGGCACGCAAGAGCCAGGCUUGGCCGCGGCCAGGAGAACUCAGAGGCUGCCCGAGGAGACCCUGGGGGAGCAGAGCCCGGACACAGGCCUGGGGACGGCGGGGGGGGGGCCAGGAAGGCGCCGGGCGACCGCUCUGCUUCUCCCCGCGCAGGUGCGCCCGGCUGCUGCUGCGCCACGGCGCGCGGGUGAACUGCGUCUCGGAGGAGGAGGAGGACACGCCGCUGCACCUGGCGGCGCGGCUGGGCCUGGCGGGCCACGUGCGCCUCUUCCUGAGCUACGGCGCCAGCCUGGAGGCGCGCAACGCCGAGGGGCAGACCCCGCUGAACGCCGCCUGCGCCCAGGCGCACCCUCCGGAGGCGCUGGGCGACUGCUACGAGGUGUGCCGGCAGCUGGUGGAGGCGGGCGCGAGCGUGGACGCCCCCGACGCGGACCGGCAGCGGCCGCUGCACCAGGCCUGCAAGGCCGCCAACCCCCGCGUGGUGGCGCUGCUCCUCGCCCGCGGCGCCAACGUCAACAUCAUGAGCUACAGCGGCAACACGGCGCUGCACAACAUCCUCCAGGUGGCCGCCUACAAGCUGGAGCACCGGCCCGAGCUGGUGGUGCGAGACCUGCUCAACCACGGCGCCGUCCGCGUCUGGCCCGGAGCCCUCCUCAAGGUGCGCGCGGGGUGAGAAGGCUCAGGGGCGCCUCAAGUCCUGGGGGCCCUGGGACGGGGGCGGGGAGAGGCUGGCUGGCUGGCUGGCUGGCUGUCAGCCCCACAAGUCCACGGCUCCUCUGUCUGCUGUGGGGGCGGCAGAGGCGAGGAAGGCGCCGGGACUGCCCAGGGCCCUGCAUGCGCCUCACCUGACCUCACCUGCCUGGUUUGGCACCUGCGCCGCGGCCUCCUCGGAAAGGGCUGAAGUCUUGCUGGAGUCCCGCCAUAGGAACCAACUCCUAGGGGCCGAGGGGGCUUCAGCCCCCCCAUAAAUGCCCCCUCCAAGUUGGUGGGCAUUGCCAUUCAAAUGGUGUGCGUGCACCGCUUCAUAUGAUCGGUUAUGCAGGGCGGGACUUACCUGCCCAAUCAUCCCGCCCCCAAGUUGGCACCCCAGAACCCCACAAACGGGUUAAGAACAUGAGAGCUUGCUGUAUCAGGCCCGUCCAACGUUGCCCGGGCAAAGGCCCCCCGGGGCCGCUUGCAGAAAACGAGCGCCGAAUGCUGUCUCGGGUUGCAAGCAAAACAGUCCUUGCAAGACCUUUCAGAGGCCUCCAGCCGUUAUAAUUACGGUGCUUCCGUCGCUUUGAGACCAGCAGUUGAGUGAAGCCGGAGCUCCAGAGCGCCUAAGAGCACCUGCGGGACGGCCUGCCACUGGGUCCCCCUCCAGGGUUGGGCUUGUGAGCCCCGAAGGACCCCGCCCUCCGCCUUCUCCUGGGAGCUGCAGGGGUGGUUCGGCCGGCGCUGCAAGCGGACCCUGCAGGCGGCAGGAAAGGCCCAAUGCCCUCUGCUGGGGUGGGGGGCGAAAGGGGUGUUGUGGCGAGGGAACGGGCCUCUCCUCUCCCGUCUCCGGGCAGAGCCCCCGGCAGCCCCUGCACCUGAUCUCGGCCACCUCCCCGCGCAACGGGUUAACCAUCUGUCUUAAUUCCCAGGCUUGGCAGAUUGCUCUCCCCUUUGGGAAAAUGCAGGAAAAUCAACAAUUAACACUAAUUAAUCUCCUAUUAACACCAGAUAAUGAGGAUGGAGCUGCUCCGUGCAGCCGGCUCAGGCGCUGCUUCAGUCCAGUCCCAGAGAGAGGGAAGCCCCGGCCAAGGGGCGCCGCGCAGCCGCCUGAACCCCAGGGAGGUGCCGGGCCAUGAGACCCCCGACGUGGGAUUUGGCCGAGGGACUAGCGCAGCAGCGAGGGGUGGACCUCGGGGCGGAAGCACAACGCCCGCUAGCCCAGGGCCCCCCAAAGGACCCCCCAGAAAGCAGCAGAGGGGUCCCGGGACAGCAAAUAGAAGCAGCUGCGUGUUAUCUGACGCUUCAGUAACGCAGAAGCCCUUGGAAAACAUAAUUUGCAGGGCGGGGGCGGGAGAGGGAGAGUUAAAUGCACGUUGCCUGCAUUGCUACUGAAGUAAUGGACAUGGGCGCCUAAAGGUCGUUACGCCCGGGGUUUCAGCUCACCUAAUGGGGCCAUUCCCGUCGAGGCCCUGCUGCGACCAGAAGACAGAGCAGGGCCCGGCAGCGACUGGGCUGGAGAAAUCGAGGAAGCCGGCCGUUGCUCCAUCUGGCACAGCAUCACCAACACUGGCUGGCAGCGACUCUAUCGGGAGCAUCUUCUAACUUCAGAAGGCUACCUGGCGGCUGGGGGCGGCGGCUCCCAGUCAGGGGGCUCUCGAUGGGACGGGUCCCGCUGCUCUCUUAGGUUACCGAGUCUAGAAGAGCAAAAGUGCGCAGCGCAAAGGAGCGACUGACUCUCGCGCCUCGGCGGGGCCUCCUUGCGCUGUCAGGCUCUGGCGCGGGUCUCUGACUGCUGCCUCCCCUCGUCCCUCCCGUCGCAGGUCUUGCGCCACUGCUGCGCCUCCCCGCGCUCUGUCGAGGCCCUGAUCAACUGUUACCCGCGCGUGCCCGUCACGGAGGACUGGGCCGAGGCUGUGCCCGCCGAGCUGGUGCAGGUAAGUGCGCGGGAUCCUGUGGUGGGGCGCAACAGCAAGAGUGGCUCGACGGGGCCCGUGCACCUCAAACACCGCGAGAUUCCUCCAGGCCGCUGCGCUCUUGCUGUCCCCCCUACGAAGGGCCCUGGUGCUCCCGCAGGCUUUCCUUGCCCAGCCCUUGCUGGACGGUGGCAGGUGCGCAAAGGAGGACCCUGGGGGGAGCGCCCCCCCUUUCUGACCGCCUCUCCGCUUCUCUCUUGGCAGCAACACCCGCGCCUCUUCCAGUCGCUCUUUGCCCUGGGCCGGAGUCCGCGCGCCCUGCAGCACUUGGCGCGCUGCGCGAUCCGGAACCACCUCGAGGACCGCCUAAUCCGCGCCCUGCCGGAGCUGCCCCUGCCGCCGGCCUUGCGCGACUUCCUGCUGCUCCGCUUCGAAGACGUCGUGUACUAGGCGGGGAGAGGGGCUGGCUGGCUCACUCCCGGAAGUCAGGCGGCGGGGGCAGGCGCAGUCCGAGGUGCGCAGCAGCUGAAGCCUCCGGGUGGGUCAGCGGGUGGGGCUGGAGUCCGCUCCCCCAGUGCAAAGGCUCCUUGCGGGUCCGUCCCGUCGAAGCGGGCCGCCCAGGCGACCGAGGCAACCGCGUGCAGCUGCUCCAGGCCACCGGCAGAGGGCGCUGGAGGCAGCGCAAUGCCCGAACUAAACUGCAGGGAAACUUUUCCAGAAGUUCCAGGGCCGUUUUGGGCUCAGGAACCGGGAGGCAUCCUGAGCCGCGGGCGGUGGCUUCGCUAAGGAGCGCUGCGUGCCCUCCUCGCGUGUAUUAAAUUGGCCUAGACUGCCGGUAAUACGUUGAUUUGCCCACCAGCCACAGAUUCGCGUUUCUGAGAUGCUGUUUCCCACGUCUCCAUUGCUUGCUCCGGUUGCAAUAAUUCUUUCCCCCGUCGUCCCCUCUCCCCCAAUUGCAGGGUUGCCUCCACUGACGCGGCAGAAGCGCCACCGGGUACACGGGGGCUUCUGAGCCGCCUCCCGAAAGGUGAGGCGCCCGGGAGGGGGGACGCCAGGGGGCGCAGCUCCAGGACUCUGCUCGGAGCCGGAGCGACGACGUCAUUCACCGGAGGCAAGAAUAACUGAAGGAACACCCCCCGCGCCCCCCAAAACACCCCGCUUUGAAGGAGGUGGGCAUGAAUGAGAGCACUGUUUGCAUUUCUAAAUAAACGUUAAAUGUUGCAUUUCAGCUGA